AUUAAAACCAAAAGAGGAAGUAAAUUUGAAUCGAAUUUCCAUUAAAAAGUAAAAAAGAAAGUAAAUUUAAAGUCAUCAACAUCAUAUGUCUUUAAAGACAGAAAAAUAGACAAUUAAUAAACUCACAUUUUUUACAGGAAAUAAAUUUUAAGAAUGUCACAUAAACCUGAUUAUUACCGAACUGUAUCACUGAAACUGUCAGAGGUGCUCAAUGAUAUUGGUGUCAAUGAGGGAAUGAUUCUGAAGAGGAGGAGGAUGUACUUGUUGAAGGAAACUAUGUCGACUUGUACAGAGAGACUGAUGGGCAGGAACCUUUCCAUCUAUCAUUUUGGUAGCCAGUCUGAAGGGUCUACAACAAAAGGACUCGAUUCAGAUGCUGAUACACUUACGUGCCAUAAUGAGCGGAAUGUGAUACAGCACUGGGGGGAGUGGCAACCUGACAGGAAAAGUCUACUGAUGAUACAGGAUGAGACCACAUCACCUGGUUACUGUCUACUACAAAGUCUGAGGAAUGACAAGCCUCUUCCUAUUUGUACUGCUGCACUUGAUCAUGAACCAGACAUAUAUCAUACAGUUAUCGGAGACAAAUUGCUGCUGAAGAACACACUUUAUAGAAAUGUUGCUAUAGAAGGAAGUGUUAUAAAUGGUCCUGCUGCAUCAAUGCAAGGAUUACCUGGUUUUUCUGAUCAAGAUUGUGUUGCAGCACUCCACUGUAACUCAUGGCCUGCAGAAGCCCAGCCAUGGUUAUCAAGACAAGGUAUAGGAAGAUGGCCUACAGAGGACGUGAAGAGAUACUGUGAGAAUACAGGAUGUUUUGUUGUACCAGUGAGCAGUAAAAAUGGCCAGCAUGAAAAACUUGAAUGGAGAAUAUCUACUUCCCAGGCUGAAAGAUGUCUAAUGUUCAAUUUAAACAUCACACAAUUAAGAUGUUACAUUUUGAUGAAGAUGAUUCUUAAAACUCGGUGUAAUGGUGUCCUUUCAAGUUUCAUGUGUAAAACAGUUUUAUUCCAUUGUAUACAGAAUACACAUUCAAAUAACUGGGUGCAAUCUAACUUACUCCCAUGUUUGAUGUGCUGCCUUACAGUACUGAAGAACUGUGUAAGACAAGAAAAAUGUCCGCAUUUUAUCAUACAUGAAAACAACCUUAUGUCUGGAAGAAUUUUUCCUCUUGACAAAAUUAUGGAUCUUGAAACCCUACAAAAUAUCAUACAAAGUGAGGGCCGUGCACUGCUGAAGAUUCGCAUUGAUGACCUUGGUACAAGACUAAUGGUGAAAAUGAAUAUAGAUGGAGCUUUUCAGUAUCAUAAAACUCCAGCCCAAAUACAUGCCCAAAUUUCAGCACAGCUGCUACUUGAUGUUGCUGGUACAGUAGGUGCCAGUCACAAGUUCCUUUGUGAAAAAAUUAAUCAUGAUAAGGAAUAUGCGAUAGUGCGUGAGACUUUAUCAAACAUUAUGUUAACACUAACUAAAAUGUACAGAGAAGUGGGUUUUAGCAGUUUAAAAAAAUCUGCACUGAAGCUUUUAGCACUUCCACUUUCAUCUUCCCUAGGAUCUGUGAUAGCAUCUCACAACAUUAAAACUGCUCACAGUAUAUCUUCAGAAGCACUGGCCUGGUUUUCAGCUGGUUUGAACUCAGAUGUGGCAUCUGGUAAACUGAAACUUGCAUCAGCAUUAUACAGUGCAGGAGAUAUGGAAAGAGCAGAGUUUUUUCUGAGGAUUACUAAAGAAAAGUAUGAUCUGAAUACUGUUGAACCUGAAUGUGAAUGUUACAAUCAUCCCUUGAAUGACCCAUGGCAAGGAUUCAUGCAUAAAUUUAACAAUGGAAAUGAAGAACUAAUACAACAAAAAACAGCAUUUUGUGUCAGAUUUCUGCAGUGUGAAAUUUGCUGUGUUCCUAAAGAGUUGCAGUAUGAAAUGUUUAGAUCUACACAAGAGGACAAGCUUGAAAGGGAUGAAUUAUCUGACACUUGGAUGGACUGCGCUGUGGUAGACUGUCUCCCUUACCUCUACUUCCUACAAUACAAGACUUACAGGGCUCUUCAGAGAUUGACAGAUCAACAAUAUGCACUUGCAGAACUUGACACUACCAUUAAAACAGAAUCAAACCUAGGUCACAGGGAAACAGCACUGAACUUACUAGGACAGUGUAUGGUACAGGAAAACCGGCAUACUGAUGCUUUACGCUACUAUACGAGGUCUUUGAAUAUCCGAGCAAGAAACAAUGCCGCAAAGUUUCUUAUUUGUAUACUUCUAAAUGAAAUCAUAAACCAUGGUUCAUACAGAAUAUCAGAGACAAAAUUCAAGUACUUUUCAAGGACUUUUCAAGGACUAUUUACAAAUUUUCAAGGACUAUUUUCUUUUCAAAACCGUGACCUAAUCUGAACAACUUUUAACGAGUUUUUAUUGUGUUCAUCAUGUAAUGCAAAAAUAAAACAACCAUCACUUGUCACACCUUUGAAAAUGACUAACUGGAUUGUUAGAUUGAUGUGAUUCACUAUUUUGCUGAUGUUCAUCGCUUUUCUUGUGAUUUUUUAGCGCACUCCCACUGUUGAUAUGUAAAGAAUUUUGUCAUACGACGUCAUAUACCCUUCGUUCAGUCUGCUUUAUAGCGCUUCAGCCACUGUUUAUAUUCGUCCUUUGUCUCCCACUUACUUGAGCUAACAUGCUUAUUUUCUUACUCAUUUUAAAUUCACUGGAAACACUCGCAAACAGCAAAAAAUUGCGAGUUAUUAUUCACCGGAAUAUUUAAAAGGAAACGGAAAUAUACAAACGGUGAUACAGUAGAAAUAGCACUCUACUUGUAAAUAU